AAUGCACUGGCUAAACAGAUCAGAAGUGUACAUGAAGAAACGGCUUAAAAAUUCACUAGCAGACUUUAAAAAACUCAUGUCUUAGCAAUUUGUUGUUAUGCUGGAUGAUUAUUUGUUACAUACGCGCUGUCUCUAUCUCUCUCUGUUUAUGAUAAUCGGAAUCUAAUCAUCACCCAGACCUCAAAAUGACGUGACAGUUCUCAAAUUGAAGAUUGAUCAACUUGAGGAAAGAGAACGGGAGCUACUAAAACUGAAAGAAGAAAAUGAGGCAGAUUUUGGACAAAAGCGAGCAAGAUUCAGGGAAUUGUUUAUGCAGAAAGAAGCUGAAUUAAAAGCAGAUAAAGACAGAUUUACAAAGCUGGAACAGGAGUUACAAGAGACAAAAUCUGAACUUGAAGAUAUUAAGACAGCAGUGGCAGUGUCUGAGGCCAACAAGGAGGAAGAAAUCGCAAAAAUACGCAGACAGUGUGACCAGGAGAUACAGACAAUGCAGGCAUUAUUAAAAGAGGCUGCUGAAGAGGCGUCGAGUUCUACUGCUGCACAGUAUGAAUCUGAGCGGGCUAAACUACAAGAACUCAAUGAAAAUUAUGAAGAAGAAAUACAGUCAAUACGAAGUCGUCUGUCUCAAGAAAGGCAGCUUGAAAAGGGAAAAGGGUUCCUGUCUUCUGUUGCCGACAUUGUGUCUCGAGGGACAGCAUCAUUGAACCCAGCAAGCACGGAUGCAAAUACUGAGGCGGAAAACCUUGAAGAAGAUAUGAGGAAGGCACAGCAAGAUGCAGAAAUUCUGAAAUCUGUGGUUAUGCCACUUGAGAAAGAAAUUGAAAGCUUGAAACAAAAACUGAAAAAACAAGAAAGCAAUGUGAGGUCCUUAGAAAAACAGAAACUGCAGUUGCAGGAGAAACUGGUGUCAGGUUCGUUACAGGAGGGUGAACUUCCAAGUCCUACAAAAACCAUGUCACUACCAUCACUAGAUGAUAUCACGGAUCCUGAGGAGAAGAUUCAGCAGUUGCUGAAGUACCUGAAGGUAGAAAAGGCCUCUAGAGUGGACCUGGAAAUGUAUGUUGCUGUUCUCAGUACUCAGAAAAAUGUCCUCCAAGACGAAAGUGACAAAACAAGGAAUGAACUCAAAGAAGUGUGUAGUAUUCUAGAUGAUGAAAAAAGAGCACACAAUCAGUUGAAGGAAACAUGGACCAUGGCCAAUGAUCAGUUUCUAGAAUCUCAAAGACUUAUGAUGAUGGAUAUGAGAAGGAUGGAAAGUUUGCUGUCUGCUGAACAACAGAGAUUAUUAGCGGAACAACAGAAAAAAGAUCUGGAGAGAGAAGCCCAGCAGAAGAAAGUGAAGGAUUUAGAGGAAUUGAGACUGAAGCAGGAAAAGGAACAAGAACUGCUCAAAAGUAUAGAAGCUGUAAAACAAGUUGAAGAAAAUACAAAAAAAUUUAAGAAAAAGGAAGCUAGACUUUCAGAGAGAUUAUUCAGUGAUAAAAGUGCAUCCAAUACUUCCAUAAACUCCGUUGGCUCUAUAGAUUCAUUGAACUUUGACGACAGUCUGGCUGAACCCUCGCUGAAGAAAUCUCUAUCCAAUUCCGAGUUAAACUCUUUGUCGGAACAGGAAUUUCUUGAUAGUGGAGUCCAUGAGACUCGGUCAUUAAAUGAGAUGGAUAAUUUAACUAUACGGAUAAGUCCUGAAAAAGUGAUAAAUUUACCGUCACUGACUGAGGCACAGGUCAAGGCUAUAACAGCUCCGACUCCAGAAAAUGAGGCGAGGAAGAAUUUAAUGGCCAGUGCCAAAUCUAAAACAGACACUAUAUCACUGCAGGGAAAGCGUCUGGUUAGUGAUAAAGAAUGGAAGCUGAUGCAGGAAGAGUUGAGAGCAGCUCGUGAAAAGCUUGGCAGGCCAUGUGACAUGUGCAAUAAUUAUGAAGCUCAACUACAGAGUGUACAGGAUGAACUGAAAGAAGAAAAAGCUAAACUCCGCUCACAGGAACGUGAGUCAAAUGCAGAAAAACAAACUAUAAAUAGUCAGAAAAAUUACAUUACAGAACUGGAAGAAAAAUUGAAAGAUGCAGCUUCAAGUACUGAUGAAGAGAUUGGUAGCUUAGUGAACAAAGUGAAAGAAUGUGAGAAAUAUAUCACAGAACUUGGGCAGCAACACAAUGCAGCACAAGUAGAACUACAAGAUAGUUUGAAACAUCUUUCAUCAGAAAGAACAGAGGUCCAAAAGGAGCUUGUAAGAUUACAAGAGGAAAAUGAUUCUCUACAAGGCAAACAUUCCAAACACGCAGAGCAGCUACAGAAUGAAGACAUCAAUCUUCCAAACAACCUCGAUGAUAUGCAGUUACUGCUGUUAAAAUAUCGAGAAGAAAUCAUUCAAGCUAAGGUUGCCAAAGAACAUACAGAGGAAAGCCUGAAAAGUCAGAUUAUGUUCCUGAAAGACCAGGUUGUAUCUGAACAACAGGAGAAGUCUACUAUGGAAGAGACACUCACACAAGAAAUCAACUCAUUGCAAGAAAGACUAGCUAUACAAGACAGUAUAAAAUCGGAGUUUGACAGAGAAGCUGCUGUUCGUGCCGAGGCAGAGUCAAAGUUACGAGAGAUAGAACAAGCAUUGAAGGGUCAGCAGGCAAAAUCGAAGCAGCUGAUUGGUGGCUUAAAGAAACAGUUGGAGGAAGAGUCAAAUGCAAGGACACGUUUAGAGAAUGAAGUUCAUUCACUGAAAGUGAAGACACAGUCACUACAGGGUGACCUGGAUAACAGUGAGGCAGUACAAAGAGACUUUGUUAAACUGUCACAGUCUUUACAGAUCCAGCUGGAACAGAUACGUCAGUCAGAGACCGAGGUACGAUGGCAGAAUGAGGAAGAUAUUGAUGAUUGUCAUGCAUGUAAACAACAAUUUUCUGUUACCAAAAGAAAGCAUCACUGUAGACAUUGUGGGAAGGUAUUUUGUUCUGAUUGUAUAACUAAAACUGUAAACAGUGGACCGAAGAUGCGGCCUGCCAAAGUUUGUGAUGUGUGUCACACUAUACUUGUCGCCGAUGCUACGCCAUAUUUCAGCACGGAACCACCUCAUACACCAGACUGAGAUCAAUUUAUUACCAAGCCUCCUACUGGCGGACCAUAGUUUUGCAUUGAUGGCUAUAUUAUUAUUAAAUCUGUUAGCUUGAACCUUUUUACCCCCUAACUGGCAGUGGUUAAUUCCAUAACAUUGAAUGGACUAGUCCAUUGCUAACAUAUAGGGUAAAGACAUAUCCAUUUUCUGAAUGAGUAGGCCUGGCACAAACCACUUCAGUAUGAAAUGAUGAACACAAAAAAAAAUCAGUUUUAAGUUUACUUUAGUGACAGUUUUUCAAGCAAUCAUUUGGAUUUAUAUUUAAUGUUAAGUAAUGGGAAAGUUUAUUUUCUUAGGCACAGGAGGAUGUAAAUUAAAAUUUGUUAUACAUGAAAAUUUGCUCCCAAGAUAUAUUCUUUCAUUAUUAAAAGAGCUUUGCACAAAACUGUCAGCUUUAUCUGCUUUAUCUACCUACAUAAUACCUAAAUCUUAAAAAUCUUGUGUUUUUUUUUUUUUCUACAAAUCUUAGAGAUAUCUUGACCACUCCACUUGAGAAUGCAUUACAUACUAUUUUACUAAUACGGCAUUAUUUCUGUAUUUUCUUCACUAUUUUGCUGUAAGAAAGCGCUAUGGUAAUACAAAACUGUGUUUUUAUACACUGGAUUCUUAUUGUUUUACUAUAUUUUUAGCUUAAAACAUUUUAGGCUAUAAUUUAUUAGGUUGUCAGUUUUGAUUUUUUUUACUCUCAUUAAUUCACAUGUAAUCACCAUUUUCCCCCAUUAUAAUGGUAUUGUGAUAAUUACUAGAUAUGCUGUCUUUGGAUACUAGGAUUACUGUCAGUUGGGUAAUACUCACAAUGACUUUUCCCUAAUAUUUGCGAACAAUUCUACUCACAAACUCAGAAAUACUUGUAUGUUAUUAGCUUUGUUUAUGCUAAAGAGGAAAUAUUGCGCCACUUCAACAGCACGUUAUUACUCUGCAAAAGAACAAACGCAUAUAUCUGAGUGCAAAACUAAAAUCUUUCUGUUACAUAUGUAUCUACUCCUAUUAAUUUUACAAACUUAUAGAAUAGCCUGAAUAAAAUUGACAAAUCUGACCUAAAUAAAAAAUUAAAGCAAUAACACACAUUUAAAUGCUAUCAUAAACCCUACAUGAAAUUCAGAUGUCAGUAUGAAAGAAAUAUUGACGUUUCAGUUUCCAGUUUAACUUAACCCUUAUCAUACUGGACACGAUUGAUUCUGCCUUUGCAACCAGUGUAGAUCUUGAUCAGCCUGCACAUCCAUGCAGUCUGAUCAAGAUCAGCACUGUUUGCCAUUCAAUCAGUAUCUUUUUGGUAAGCACCCCUUUUAACAGUUAAUGGUACUGUCCAAAUUGAAAGAUGGACAAGUUCAUUAUAGAAAUUUAGCAGGGUAAGAGUUACAAAUGAGUAUGUAAUCAUCAUGUAUAUUAAUCUGCAGCAUGUCCUAAAACACAAAACAGUCACAUUUCACAAAGUCUUUUCACCAUGGAUUAGGUUGUUAAUCAUGACAUCGCUAAAUAAAGUAUGUGUUAAAAAUAUACCCAAUUUACAGUACAUAAUUGAUUUGCUGCACACCUUUCUGAAAAAUAACUUUUACUUCAACUGUAAAAUUAUAUUUAAACAUGGAAAAAAAAUGAAAGGGCUUUAUGGUAUUUUGAAUUAAAGGUGACUGCUAUGAAUUAUUCAAUCUUUAGAUAGAACUUGAAUUCUUUUGUAAAAUUGCCUUCUUGGGACUAUUCAAUUUCUGUUAUCUCAGAUGCAUAUACACAUCACACAAAAGGAACUUUAUGUAAAACAAUGAAGUAAAUUGAGCCGCGCCAUGAGAAAACCAACAUAGCAGCUUUGCGAACAGCAUGGGUCCAGACCAGCCUGCGCAUCCAUGCAGUCUGCUCAGGAUCCAUGCUGUUCGCUAACGGUUUCUCUAACUGCAAUAGGUAUUGAUAGCGAACAGCAUGGAUCCUGACCAGACUGCGUGGAUGCGCAGGCUGGUCUGGAUCCAUGCUGGUCGCAAAACCGCUAUGUUGGUUUUCUCAUGGCGCGGCUCAAUUAUUAGUUAGAAAGUAGAGCUAUUGAGCAUUUCUGUGUGUUUUCUAGUCAUGAUACGAAAUAGCGUAGAGAGUUUUACUCUUAAAGCUCUAGUAGAUUUAUGCAUAAUUUUACACCUUUCUGACAUUAUUUAUUUCAUUAUUUUGUGAUAUUUAGGGUAGUGCUAUUAUUUUGCAGUUUGGUGACCAUUGCAGGUUUGAAGUUUGUCAGGAUAGAAGUUUACAUAGUGAAAAUGCAGGAUGUUAAUUCGGCAAUUUUGAAUGAUUAUGAUCAUGAAACAAAAAAAUAAAUAGGCAUGUUGAAUGUAACUUAUCAAAUAUUGCUAUCAGAAUGAGUCAAAGUGAAUGUACCAAUAUGAAGGGUAUUAUAGUCAAAAGUUUUCAUUUUUAGAUCAAAGAAAAAUACCAGGAAGAGUUGUUGUUUUUUUGGCAACAUGGAUGUUAGUAUGGUAGGAUUAGACUAUAAGUGCUUUACUAGUAAUAUCGGGCUUACAAAAUCAUGUAUGAAAAAGUGUAUUGAUUUUUUAAAUUCAGUUGAUUUGCUAUUAAAAAAUAAAGCCACUGCUUGUGACAAACAUACUCUGUAGAUUGGAUGAUAAUAUUUACAAUAUUUACACUGGCUUUAUUUUCACUAUUACUGUGAAAUCAUGAAAUUUCAUGGACAUGAAAUUGUGUGGGAUUUGCCUGUAGUAUGUCAUAGUGAUAUGAAUUCAUACACUUCAACAUUUGAGGAAUGGAUUUUUUGUUGUUGACAAUUUAACUUUAUGGAUUGAGGGCAACCAUGAAAUUCUCCCAUGAAAUCUUAUUAUGGUUUCACAGUAUUAACAAACAGUAUGUUUUUGCAAAUUAAAAAUGGCUGUGAAUAUUAUAGCAUUAUGUCAAAUUCAUACUGCGCUUAGUUAUACAUUUAUUUUGUACUAUUUCUAACCUAGCAUACAACACAGUUUAUGCAGACAAUUGUGAUUCUUUCUUGUUUAUACAGAUUCUCUGUGAUAAUGGUUCUUUUUUUUUCAAAUAUGAAAUUUGGGCAUAACAUAACUUUAACAACAUGAAAAACACCUAUAGGGCUACUGGUAAUUGAAGCAACAUGAAAAAUGAGUAUAUGACAUUAUAUUCAUAUUGUUAAUACAUUAAAGUUUCAAGGGGCCUCUGUGGCCAGGUGGUUAAAAUCCCAGACUUCAAAUAACUUGUCUGUCACCACUAUGGGUUCAAAACCUUGCUAGGUGAAGAAUUCUUCAAAUGUGCAGAAGCCUCCGAACUGACUUUUGGAAGAGGGAAAGUUUUAUAUAUAAAGGUAAUACAUGAAGGGGCAACUUAGGUCUUCCUCAACCAUCAUAAGCUGGAACAUCACUAUAAUAUGACCUAUAGCUGCUUCGGUUUGACAUUAAACUGAAUAAAACUCAACAAAAAAAGUGGGAAAACAUUCCCAUUGACAAGAAGCAGUUGCUGGAUUCUGAAAUCAUUGAGAACUAUUUACUUUUUUCUGUUAAGUUAAUUAGUAAAUCGGUGCAUUGUAUAAUUGUUUGAGGUUUGCUACUCUUGAAAGUUUUGCAAAUGAUUGGGGUUUUAAAGCAUUAAUACUAUCAGACAUUAAUUUUAAACUAUUUCAAUCUGUUAGACAUGAAUAUCAAAACAUAGAAGUAAGGCUGAAUGAAGGAAAAUUGAUAUGAAGAUUUUCUAAUCCAUGAUUAUUUGAGUACAGUCAAACCUGUAUUGAGCAACCAGUCAAUGAUUUGACACAGUUUUGCUUGUGAAGGAAGUAGGCUGCUUUAGACAAGUUGAUGUUAAAACAAAAAGACAUUUUUGGAAGUUAGCAGACUGAUUGCUUAAGGCAAUUGUCUGUUUGAUACAGGUGGCUGUUACGGCAAGUUCGACUUUAUAUGAGCCGCGCCAUGGGAAAGCCAGCAUAGUGGCUUUGCGACCAGCAUGGAUCCUGACCAGGCUGGUCUGGAUCCAUGCUAGUCGCAAAGCCACUAUGUUGGUUUUCUCAUGGCGCGGCUCAUUUACUGAAUUAUUUAUAAACUGAAACACAGAAUGGCGGUUUGAAUUGUAUUGGGAGUUGAAGUCCAGGAAACACUUGAGGAUGAGUUCCUUUACAGUCACUGUAAAAGAAGGCUUAAACAAGGUGUUAAAAGUCUUUUUUUUUUAAGAUUAUUUGUGAAGUUUGUUAUAGUUUUAGAUCUGAUUAUUUGUGGUGCAAUUUCAAGUAAUUUAUAUGUAGAGUAGGGAAUAUGUGUAGUGUUUUGUUGAAAUGGGCCGUCUUUUGGAGUAAUGUUUAGUUGAGAAACAUUGUUUUUAGCUAAUUUUAAUUUGUAAUAUUUCAUACCUUAAAGCCGCAUACUUCAGUUUAAUGGUCAAUUAUCCUCUGUAUAUGUCAAACAGAAACUGCUGUGAAAUUAUUUAUUUUGUUGGUAUUAAGAUUUAUGCUUUGUUUUUGCCCUAACAAUUUCUUCAUGCCAAUAUCAAGUUUUGAAUUUCAGUUUUUUGAUAAAGCAUUAUUUGGAAUUGAGUUUGUUGCUUUUGAUUUAAAUUUACAAAUUGAUGAAAGUAAAUAAUCUCUCAAAACACGCUUUUCAUUAAUAUUAAUGCUUAAUCACCAGAAUUUCAGAAAAACAAGACUGUCCGUUUCAACCCGAUGAGUCCUGAACAGGAAAAAUCUGUUGAAUGCUGUGAAAUUUAGUUAGAAGUGCUUUAUUGUUUAUUUAUUAAUCAUGUUAAAUCUUGGUCCUUAAUGUCAAAAGAUGAUGGCAUUAAACCACAAAAAGAAACAAAACAGUAUGUAAAUUUGGUAUUCUUUAUUUUUAUGCUGAGCAAUCUGCUCGUUCAGCUAUAUUUAUGGUCUUUGCAUGAUGAACUGGCUAGCUGGAAUCAACCAAAACCGGAGCUCAUUACCUUAAAAAACAGAAUUUCUGAUACCACUGUGUCAUUUCUAUCAUGUCUUUUCCUUUAGGUAGUGUGAAAUCAUUUUGCUUUUGCUUGCAUGGAAUUUCAUGUUUUUUUGGCAAGACUUAGUGCUGUUAUUUUGUUUAGAUAUGUAUUCAAGGAUUUGAACUUUUGAUGAUAAAAUGGAAAUUAUAUUUAUUUGUUGAUUAAUUUCAUCACACUUGAAUAUUAAUGACAUUGCAGUAUUCAUCUGUGUUAGGUGCCAUUGUUUACAUAAUUUUUCGACUUUUCAUUCUGUAUAAACUUCAACAUUUUCUCAGAUUGUGCAGCAAGCUUUUUUGAAUGAUGAGGUGAGUCAGAAUAAAAUAAAUACAAAAUUUGAAAAUACAUUCCGAGAAAAAAAUCAUGACAGAUCAAGUAUUUAUCAACGUUCAGAGUAUGUAAAUUGAAAAAUAAAUGUUCAUUUGUGCUUAGACUUUAAAAUAUUAACUCCAAUCCGCUUUAAGUUUAUGUUGCCUCUGUUUGAUUCUCCUUUGCAUGAAUAUAGGCCUUGAAUUUGAACAAAAAAAUCGGUAAGAUUCUAUCAAUAAAGUUAAGGCAAAUUCAGUAUUGCUAUUUUUAGAUCAUAAUUUUGUUUGUUGCUAUUUUCAGAUAAUGAUUUUGUGUGUUGACAAAUGCAGACAUCAUAAAUGAUUGUCACAGCAAAUGAGAAGAUAAAAAUCAAACAUUUUCCUCAGAAUUAUUGAUAUAUGUAAUUUCAUCUUUCCACAGAAACUCGCAGAUAUCUGAUAUUUGUUUUACAUGCAAGCUAUUACUUUGAAAUCAUAUUUUAUCAGCAUAAAAAUUGUGGUUCCUGCAAAACGGCUGUUUUAUUGAGAUGUAACUUUGUGUUUGUUGAUUACUCAUUUUGAAAACAUGCCAGGGCUUUUUUCCCCUAUAAAGCUACCACCUGUAAAAAAGGAGGCAAUCCAAGUGCAGAAAAGUAUGUUUUUGUCCCAUUGUUGAACUUACAAUUCCAAAACCAUUGUUAAUGCCUAGGAUUUUUUUUUUGCUUUCCAACAUAGUUUUGCUGUUUCGUAGACUUUUACUCAUUAAAUUCAGUAAACAGUUAUCAAUAUACCAUCACACAUUUUAAAAUGUUUUUCUUAAAGAAAUCAAAUACAUUUCGUUAAGUUUUCAUUAUUCAAAUUAAGACAAAUUACUGAGGUAUUUUCCCAAUUGUACCAGUGUUGGUAGCAUUCCAAAAAUGGUGAGAAAAAGGCCUGUGUGCCUGCUUAGCUUAGUAAAGAGAGUGCAGAUCUACUGAUCACAAUCACAAGUUUAAUCAACUUGCAAGGGGAUGAUUUGACAAAAGACUGAAAUCAUUCAUAUUCCAAAUCUAAUUAAUAUAAAGAAGUUGACAAUUACCUCUGAAGAACAGUUUAGUACUUGACACUGGUUGGACUAACUGCUCGUCGCUAUGCUACUGAAAUACUGUUAAAAAUGGCAUUAAUCUCAAAAAUUGCACAUUUUGAAGAUAGACAGUAAUUUUGUCUUUUUCUUUUUUUUUUUUUUUUUUUGAUGUACGAAACCUUGAAAAUGAAUCCAUCACAAUUGUUGAUUUCACAGUAUAUGGCGGUGACAUUGUUGUAAAAUAUUUCUAGUUAUACAAUUAUAUUGUACAGCACUUUAGUAUUCUGAGGCUAUUUAUUCUGAAAUUAUAAAUUGUUGUUUAUUGGUGUCAUUAUUGUUAUUAGUAUGAAUAAAACAGAAAUAUGAAAUUAAA